AUGGGAUAUCCGGGGGAAUGGGAGAAUAUCCACCUUGAGGGUGAGAUUGAGGGCUCGAGUGAGCGGAAGGUUUGGCCGACGUUUGUGUUUGAGAAGUCAGAGCUGGGUGAUCUUGGCCAGUUUGCUCGGUCUGCUACCGGCCGAGAGUUGGACACCUCGGCUCGCCUGACAAUCUGCCAAGACAUCGGAAACGCAAUCGGGCAAUUGCACUCCCAUCGCAUCAUACACGGGGACAUUAAACCUACGAACGUCAUCGUAUUCAGAGAAGACGAUGGCUCAUUCACCGCCAAAGUAGCAGAUUUCGGCUAUUCCGUCUACUUCUCCGAUGCUGACCAAGGAAUCAAGCUUGCUCAAUCCCAUCCAUGGUACGCGCCAGAGUGCAACGAAUACCGCAGAAUGAAGGUUCAGCAAGCCUUAAAGACCGAGGUCUUCUCCUUCGGAAUGCUCUGUUUAUGGUUUCUAUUUGAGGAUUGCCGAGUGGGAGCCUCGACAGCUUCGAACAUCGAAGGAACUGCCACGAGCGGCGACGCGCUGCUUGCAUCCAUGACGAGCGAAGCCGACUUCAAGCUUGGCUCGUUGAUGAACGCCUUGUACUCCUCUGACUUUAGGGUGCGACACUAUAUCGUCCAAGAGUUAGUCAAGAUCGUUCAGCGAGAUCCGGGAAACCCAGUUGCCGGCCAACUCACGCUCUGCCAUGAACUUGGGUUUGGCAGAGCCCGGGCCCAAAGCGCCCACCUGGUCCUUUCGCAUCAAGAUCUAGAGGGAAUCAAGGCUGAGUUUCAGCAAGGCAUGGAUUCCCAGGGACUGCUUCUUGAAAGAAGGCAGGCCGCCUGUACAGGACACAUCCUGGACGCCGCAGAAUCGAUCAUAAGUGGGGAGAUUGAAGGGGUGUCGCCCUUCAUAGGGGCCGACCAUUUGCUCGUGGUAAUCAUGAAAGCGGCGCUGUCUCACAUCAAAUCUGAUCUAGGCAAACUCGAGGAAGCUUUGGAAAUCCAGGAAGAGGUUGUGGCUCUAUGUGAGCCAUAUGGGGAGAAUGAUGAGUAUUAUCUUACUGUUCUGCAGGAUUUAGCAACGCUCUAUGCGGAAAACAAUCGCUUAGAAGAGGCAGAAGCACUCUCAGUCAAGGUCCUUGAAUUGACAAAGACUGCGUUGGGCGAAGAGCACCAAGACGCCGUGGUUUGCAUGAUCAACCUCGGUGCGCUAUACGUCGAUCUGGAGCGCACCGAGGAAGCUGAAGACUUGCUGCUAGGAACCUGCGCCAUUACGACGAGGAUAUGGCACCAGGACCACCCUCUAACCUUGAAAGCAAGAUACACGCUUGCACUAGCUUACGAUCUGCAAGGGCGGUACCGCGAGGCGAUAGACCUCAUGACCUCGGUUUUGAAAGGGCAAAUAUCGACGCUCGGUGGAGCUAAUCCUGACACGAUAUGUACCGCGCGAAGCCUGGCCAUGAUACAUCGCGAGCAGCGUGCUUACGAGGAAGCCAUUAAAAUUCAGGGUUACUUCACGAAACAAGCGGGUAAAGUCCUAGGCUUCACGCACGAGCUGACCUUGGACGUUACGGAAGAUCUAGCGGAGACCCUUACUCAGUGUUUGCACCAUGAAGAAGCGAGAAAGCUACGUUCGACUCAAGGAAAAUAUAGCGUUGAAUGA